UCUCCAGGCACAUUCAUCAGUCGCCAUCAACAAUCGAUUUGGUGCACUCAUUCGCCUUCCGUCAAGUUCUGCGACUAAGCUCAAGUGAACGGUUCUCGGUCUGCAGCAAACAAGCGUACAAGCGUGCCGUGCGAAUUUGUUGACUUAUUUUCGCUUGCCAUGAGCAAUUUAAGUGUGUUCAGUCUCCUCCUCAUUUUCGCCGCUUCCUGCUACGUCUCUGGCAGCACCGAGGCAACCGGCAAGAAUGACGACGACUUUCUGCAGGUCAUAAAUUUUGCAAACUCGCCGAAUAGCCCAAAACCGUACACGCCCAUACAAGAACAACAAAAGCAGCUAAAGGAUGAAAAAGUUCGCAAACAGUUGGGCAAACAGUCGUUGUUAGCUUCGGAGGCAGCCACGGCACCAUCAACCAUGAGGACUCGUCACAAGCGUUCCCAGCAUGCUCUGGCCACCACGGAAGAGUACUUCAAAAGUAUGCCGACUUAUGCCUACAAUCUGGCGCUAAUCAACAUAAUGCACAGUUUAAGAAACCAACUUUCCGACAUCGAGUUGGCGCGUUUGCGUUCACGCCUCAGUCGCAGCGCUGCCGCUGAUUUGCAAUUGUUCAAUGAAAUCUACAACAAUAACAGCAACAACGGCGGUGAGUACACUGGCGAGACGGACAGCGGCAAAAAUAGCGACGGCAGUGACAUCGACACUGGCUUGGACAUGGGCGUGGGUGUGGGCGAGGCAGGUGGCGUUGGCAGUGCCGCUAAUGACAUGCUUGCCAAUGACAUUGAGGAUCUUAGCGUGCCAUGGCAAUUCGCUGCGCGAGUCAGCAAAAAAUCCUCGGCACUCUAUAAACCGCGUUUGGGUAAACGCACACAAAACCUACAACAACAGCAACUGCAACGACAACCAUCGGCAUGCAAUUAAAGCGAGCGCAUGAGCGCCAGAGGGGGUGUGACCAACGGUUGCGCGAAGAUGUGCGGGGCGAACGAGUAACAGUUUUUGAGGCGGGCGAGUUGAAGCGAGGGUCCGUGGUCUAAAGUGGCUGCACACGAACGCACUGAUUCAAAUUCAAUUGCAACAUUAUAUUAUCAACAUAAUCGUAUAGUCGUAGAUGUGAAGGCAUGCACUCUCAGUGGAAUACUUACACAUAUGUAUAUUCAUAGGUGUAUAGCGAGCUCAUACAGUUGCGAGUGCAGCAUUAAAAUUAAAAUUUGUUUUUGUAAUAUUCGAGAGGAGCCAGGAACUUGUUAUUGAUUGGCAUUAGCAAUUUACAUAUAUUUCUAAAUUUGAAUUAUAUAAUUAUGGCAAAUUGUGAUUUAGAGAAAUUUUAUAUAAUAAAUAUUCUAGCCAAAUG